AUGACCUACUGGCGUCGUCUAUCGACAGAAGAUGAAACGGAGGAACAUUUUUCUCUUUCCUUAAGCGGCCUUCUAGCAAUCCGUAUCGCUUUUGGUGAUAUUAUAUGUAACACUAUUGAAAAUUCUCCCACUUAUCUUCCAAAGAGUAUAGACAGCGGUUGUGUAUUUAAGCUUACCGAUAUGCUUUUCCCUUUCAUUUCGCUUACUUUACUUUGUGUGAUAACAGCGAGUUACGAAGAUAGGAAAAAUAUCACUAUAUUUCCGAAGUCAUAG